UUCAAGUACGUAUUCGGUUUAUUUUUAAGCAAUUUAUGUUUCUUUUGUUAUGUUACUGUGAGAGCCUAGCAACAAGUCUCAUAUUGUUGCUUCAAGAUUGAAUACCGGGACUGGGGCCCAAAUGAGAGUAGAGGUAGAAAAACGAGGGCUAUGUGAUAUACAUAAGAAAUACCAUCACAACCACCAAAAAAAUGGACAUAAAAGAAAUACCUCUCACGAAAUCGUUGGCGAUAUCAACGAAUUUCACUAACGGGAAGCGAAAAGACGACCAUCUUGACCGAAACUUUAUGGAACUGUACCAGGAGAUGAUGAAAAUGACCAGGGUUGUUGAUGAAACAUUAGGAUCUGAGGAAGAGAAGAGACUGAAAAGAAUUAUUGGAGAAGACAACGUUAUGAUGAUCAAAGAAGGUGGUCUGGCAAGACGCCGUGGGUUGUUGUUACGCUCCACGUCACAGCAGAGACGUCAUCAGAACAGGGCUCUGCGGAGAGAGAAACUCAAUGGACAAAGCUUGAGGAACCACCUCCAGCAUAUUAAGAAAACUGCUUAGAAGCAAAGAAAAAAUAUAAUAAGACUUGUUGCCGUGUAACCAGCACAUAGGAAUGGGAUUAACGAAGUAACUUCUAUGAUUUUUUUA